AUGUUAGACGAAGAGUCUGAUGCCACAGGGAGCGUUCUCACUAGCAUAAGAAGACGCGAAGUUCGAAACGCACAUCGUGAUUUACAACAUCCAGUCCCUUCGCUGCAAGUACAGCGCCCGAGCUCCAUUGCGCGUACUUGCUACUAUGCUGCAUCUUACGGUGGAGGGGGUAUUUACCUUGCGACUACGAUGACAGCACCCAGUAUACGACCAACGUACGGCAAAUUCACUCGCGAACACGUCUCCAUUGCUGGUUUGCAUUCCAACGUCUGUAGGCGUUUCUACACACCGCACUAUCGCUUCACCAGUCAAUACAUCAUCAGGCGGGUUUCCGGUUUACAGGGAGUAUCAAACUUGCUGAUCGUUUUGUACACGCUUAGCAUUAGUGAUGCAGUUACUCCGGCAACAAGUCCAGCGGAAGUGUGGGUUAUAGCACUGGUUCCCACUAUUGAUUCGCUUCUGCAGCUGUUUGAGCGCAAGCGUUUGCCCUACAGUGUUUUUGUUCUAAUCAUUGUGAAUGAUCAAACAUUUUACAUCACGUUCCGUUCCGUGUUCCGUCACAUUGAGAGUCAUCAACGUACGAUGUGA